AUGCAUAAAUAUAUAUGGAAAAUACUUUUUAUAUUUUUCGUUAUAAAUUCUUUAUAUAUAAGAGCUGAAAAAGAUGAUGACAACAAAAAUAAGGGUGAUGAUCCAUGUUUACACAACAUAGCAAUGUGUUCUAAUAAAAAAUUAAGCAAAAAUAAAUUAUCCUUUAUAUAUGAUAUCUGGAAAAAUUAUGAGACUUAUAAGGAUAUAAUUACUAAUCAUCAAAAUAAAGAAAUGAAUAAAACUUUCCAACUACAGGAUGAAGCCGAAGAUAUUAAGUUGAUGAAUCAUAGUUUAUCAAUGCCUAUGUCUUUUCAGUUUUCAACCCAUACCAUAAUUUUAUUUAAAUUUUGGGAAACCUUAACAGCAACAUCAUAUUUUGUCUCUCUUAUAAUUUGUUUUAUAUUCGGAAUAAUCUCAGUUAUAUUAAAAGUGUUUAGGUUGAAUGUGGAAAGAUCGUUGCCGAAAACAACAGAUACAAGUGUUUUAAAAAGCAAAGUUUUAUUUAAAAAUAAUACAAUUAGAAUGAUUUUAUCUUUUAUCAUAUAUGCAUGGGAUUAUUUAUUAAUGUUAAUUGUAAUGACAUUUAACGUUGGAUUAUUUUUAUCAGUUGUUUUGGGUUUAUCCUUUGGUUAUUUUUUAUUUGGCAAUAAUUUCAUAACAUGUAAUAAUAAAACUUCAGCAAGUGACAUGAAUGUUCAUAAAGAAUUUUAUGGAGAUCCAGCUUGUUGUGGAUGUUAG